AUGGGAGUCCAAGUCAAUACGACGGAAGCCGGGAAUGGGGAACGCCCCAAGCAAGGCCAAACGUGCGUGAUGCAUUACACUGGCAAGUUGGAAGAUGGCACGGUGUUUGACUCGUCGUAUAAGAAGAACCGCCCAUUCCAAUUCCCGCUCGGUGUCGGCCGCGUGAUUCAAGGCUGGGACGAAGGCGUGGCGCAAAUGUCCAAGGGCGAAAAGGCCGUGUUGACCAUCACCGGCGACUACGGCUAUGGCGCCCGUGGUGUGCCUGGUGUGAUCCCUCCUAACGCCACGUUGAUCUUUGAAGUGCAUUUGGAAGACUUCAACUAA